ACAUUCGUUCCGCAGCUAUUAAGCACCUACUGUGCGCCCGGCCUCGCUCUGAGCACUGGGAGGCAGCUGUCAGCAGAAGCGACAGAAACCCUGUCCUGCGGAGCUGAGCCGUGGGGAGGGACAGGCAGAGACGGGGACGGAUAGCAGGCGGCGCCAUACUGAGGGGUGUGAGCCUCCGGUCCGGACGCCCAGCCACGGGGCAAGGACGGCGGCUCUAAACAGGACGGAGGGAGAGGACUCACCCUGAAGACUUAAUGGUGACAUUUGGGGUUUAUUUUUACUUUUUAUGUUUUCAGACAGGGUCUCACUCUUUUACCCAGGUUGGAGAGCGUUACGUGAUCUUGGCUCACUGCAGCCUCACCCUCCCGGGCUCAGGUGAUCCUCCCGCCUCAGCCUCCCAAGCAGCUGGGACCGCAGGCAUGCACCACCACACCUGGCUAAUUUUGUUUUUUUCUGUGGAGGUGGGGUCUCACUAUGUUGCCCAGGCUCGCUGGUUAUUUUAAUGGACAAAUAGGAUUGUCCCCGUUCACGGGGUAUGGCGUGCCAUGCUCAGGUCAGGCGACCACACAGCCGCCAUCUCCACAUUUGCCAUUUCCUUGUGUGGGGGCUCAGCUCCUCCUCCCAGUUGCCGGCUGGGUCACGGUCAGGUCCACGGUCCUCCCUCAGCGGCACCAGCACUGGCUCCUCUCUGCCUGUGGUUUUGGUCCUUUUUUUUUUUUUUUUUUGAGACGGAGUCUCGCUCUGUCGCCCAGGCUGGAGUGCAGUGGUGUGAUCUCAGCUCACUGUCACCUCUGCCUCCCAGGUUCAAGAGAUUCUCAUUUUUCAGCCUCCUGAGUAGCUGGGACUACAGGCAUCUGCCACCACGCCCAGCUAAUUUUUGUAUUUUUAGUAGACAUGGGGUUUCAUCAUGUUGGCCAGGCUGGUCUCGAACUCCUGGCCUCAAGUGAUCCACCCACCUCGGCCUCCCAAAGUGCUGGAAUUACAAGUGUGAGGCCCCUGUGCCCGGCUGGUUUUGUGCCUUUAACUAAUCUCUCUGGCACAGGAGCUUUGAAGGCCGGAGGCAGUGGAGCAUGCAGAGACCUGGGAAGGGCGCCCAGCGUGGGCACCACCUGUGCCAAGGCCCUGAGGGGUGCGCGUGGGGGUGCUGGGAAGGCCAAGGUGCUUUGAACCCAGGGGGUGGGCAAGGCAGGCGUCAGGAGCCCUGGGGGGCUUCGUGUUCCCCGGCGUGAGGCCCGAGGACAGGAUUCUGUGGUGGGUGGGGGGACCGAGUCCCCGUGGCCUCUGUGCUGGGGGUCGACAAGGAGGCUGAAGCUGCUGGAGGUCGUCCCAGAGGCCGGUGUGCCAGGCGCUUCUGAAGACGGGUGGGCAGACGAUGGAGGACGAGGCUCUGUCCCGCCCCUGCAACUUCCAGCGAAGGGCAGGGCUCCGAGGCGCUUCCCCCUGCGCGGCCCCGCCCCCCUCCUUCUCACGAAACCUGGGUGGUCUCAGGUUGAGGUGGGAGACAUCCGUGGAGUGGGAGGGCGGUGGGCGGGAUUCACCAGCGAGGCCCCUUCCCGCUGCGAACAGAAAUCCCGACCCUAGUCUCGAAGGCAGAAAGGAAGCCCCGGCUCAGGGGGCUGGAAAACCCCAGGCUUUUCUCAGGCAGGCUGUCCCACAGCAGAGACAACAGACAGAAACCCAGAAACCACCUGCCACGAUGUGAACCUGAUGCAGAAACGCGGUUCGCUCCCUCGGGAUGCAAAGGCCAACUUCAGCCCGGCACGGCACGGCGGCGGCGCGGACUCCACCAUCCCGGGGAAGGAGCCGGACCCCUGUGUGGCAGUGUGGCGGCAGCAUGGAGGUGCUGCCCUGCUCCCGCGUGGCCCACAUCGAGCGCACCAGGAAGCCCUACAACAACGACAUUGACUACUAUGCCAAACGCAACGCCCUGCGCGCCGCCGAGGUGUGGAUGGAUGACUUCAAGUCCCACGUGUACAUGGCCUGGAACAUCCCCAUGACGAACCCAGGGGUGGACUUCGGGGACGUGUCUGAGAGGCUGGCCCUGCGUCAGAGGCUGAAGUGUCGCAGCUUCAAGUGGUACCUGGAGAACGUGUACCCGGAGAUGAGGGUCUACAACAACACCCUCACGUACGGAGAGGUGAGAAACAGCAAAGCCAGUGGCUACUGUCUGGACCAGGGAGCGGAGGACGGCGACCGGGCGAUCCUCUACCCCUGCCACGGGAUGUCCUCCCAGCUGGUGCGGUACAGCGCUGACGGCCUGCUGCAGCUGGGGCCUCUGGGCUCCACAGCCUUCUUGCCUGACUCCAAGUGUCUGGUGGAUGACGGCAGGGGCCGCAUGCCCACCCUGAAGAAGUGUGAGGAUGUGGCACGGCCAACACAGCGGCUGUGGGACUUCACCCAGAGUGGCCCCAUUGUGAGCCGGGCCACGGGCCGCUGCCUGGAGGUGGAGAUGUCCAAAGAUGCCAACUUCGGGCUCCGGCUGGUGGUGCAGAGGUGCUCGGGGCAGAAGUGGAUGAUCAGAAACUGGAUCAAACACGCACGGCACUGACCCCACCUCCGCCCGGACCCCCACAGACCUCGGGAAGGCGCUGGGCCGAGCCGGUGUGGCUGAGGGACCGGGGUGUGCCCGGCAGACACAGCAGGACAGGGCUCUAUGUGUGGCCAGGACAGCAGAGGCCGAGGGGCCGGGGUGUGGCUGAGUGACCAGGGUGUCACCCACUGCAUCUGGAGUACAGCUUCUCCUAGGACAGGCGGCUCUACCCGAGGGAGGGCGUCUGGGGCCAGUGACGCCCACUCAAACACGUGCCUUCUCCACGGUAUCUCCUGGCCAGGCUGCUGGGACAGCCGCCGCCUCUGCAUGUACCACAGCCCCCCACGCCCCAUAGGGAGGCCAAGCCCCGGACCACGCACCAGGCUGCACCUUGGCGUCUUCCACCCACAGGCCUCCCAUGCUCCAAGCAGCCUCCCCCAGCACUUGCGGCCGCUCAGCCCUCCAACCAAGACCUAAGUCACACAUCAUAAUGCAGCUCCUUGUGGUCUGGUAGGAGGGGUGCUGGAGGACAUGGACGGCGACAAACCUGAGGCCGUGUCUAGGAGGCUGGCACGACUGCUUCAGCAGAGACCAAAUAAAGAGAGGAUUAGGCAGCA